AAUUUUUAUUUAGUAUACAACGAACUGUUUCUAGGAUCGAGUUCAUGUUAUACAUUCAAGAUGGGUGACUCGAUGACUCUGUUAUAAUAUGUUGUAAUAUGAUUUUAUAAUACUCGGUGUAGUCCAUUUAAAUCGUGUUAUAGUUUAAGUUUCUAAGUGUUUGUAAAUAUAAUAGUCCUUUAAAUAAGUUAUCUUUUAAAUGUUGAUAGUAGUACUAAUAUGUAUUUAAUACUGAUAUAUCAAUGAAAAAAGUUGAUAUUAUUUAUCUAGAGAAUCAGUCUUGAAGCUGUCAGAGACUGUAAUGAUAGAAUUUUCUUUAUUUUUAGAAGUAUUAAAGGUUAUCUUUGAUGUCAUUAAAAUAUUCACAAGCAGUUGACACAUCAAAGGUUCCUUUUAGAAAUGUAGAUGGAAAGAAACUAGGAUUAAGCGAAGGCUGUUCAAGCCCAAACUUUGAAUCCUAUGGUGUUAUAAAGUUUAUAUUACACAAUGAUGAACCAGUAAAUAUUAUUGCCAGCGUCUUAUCACUUUUCUGCAUAACAUUACUGUUGUGGAUUAUAUUUAAUAGCCUUGUAUCUUCUCUUUUAUCUACUUUUACUUUGAUAUUAUACUGCAAAUAUUACUUUACUUCUACAAAGAAAGAUAUAUUAUUAAUAGUACCGUCAAUCGGUAUACAUAUUACUAUAGAGAAAACAUUUGCUGGUUUUAAUUCAUAUACAUUUUUACCUUGGGAUACAAUAGAAGAUUUAUUUAUCAAUGAAGUAAUUAUAAGACAAAGAGUCUUGUAUUAUUUGACAUUUAUAGUGAAGGAAUCAAUUAAUGGUAGAGAUCAAAUAAGAUUGGUUCCUUUAUUCCAAGAUCUUUUACCUGAGAGAAAAUGCCUGGAGUACAUAUACAUAAAAUUAGCGAAUUUGAUUGGCUUGAACAACAAGAAGGAUCUACAUUAACUGUACCUGGGUCUUAUUGGCUAUGUUAUAAAAAUAAUAUUUAUAAAUUCACUUUUAAGUAUCAUCGUACAAUUAGGAAUUCUAAGGAAUUCAUCUAUGGAAAAGAAUUAAUGAAAAUAAUCAGAAGAAUUAUAAAAAGUCAACCAUGUCAAGGGCAACAGUUUCGUACAAAACAUAUUCUUGUAACAUACAAUCAUACAUCAUGGACACGCCAGGAUAAAAUGUUUGCCAUUCUUAAAUUUCAGAAACAUACAGAAGCUGCUACGGUUUCACGAGCAAUUGUACUUACUGUAAAAAUUUUUAAAGAUGAAAGCUAUAUGCCAGAUGGCAUAAUUAUUUAUUCAGAAACUGAAUCAAGAGCAAUUAAAUCUUUAAACCGUACUAGCAAAGAUAAUGGAAGAAAAAAUAUAGAAAGUGAAUGUAAGGUAGAUACAAAAACUUCAAAUGCUGAUGAAUUAAGAAUUAAUACUACGGAUACAAAUAAGCAUGUAAAUAAUUUAAGUUUAUAUCAUGAUCCAAAUAAUUUGACUUUAUCAAAUGUAAACAAUGAAAACAUAACAGAUAAAGGCAAUAUAAUAAAAUGUAAUAGGAAAGCCUCAUCGAAUGUUUCUUUAAUAAAUGAAUCGGUAAAUAUAGAAAACAAAGAUGCACAUAAAAACAAAAACUGUUCGAUAUCAUUUAAGAAAAAAGAAACAGAAAAGAAUGAAUAUCAAAAUAGUAUAGAGAAAUCAUCUUUAUCAAAUAAGAUCGAAUUCCAAGAAAUAAUGCAACAUGAAGAAAUUGAAUUACAACAAAUGAACGAUAACUCGUCAAAUAAUAUAAUAAAUUCAAACGAUGAAGGCGUUAUAGAUUCUGUGAAUUUACCAUAUCAAUAUCUCAUCGAAAAAGAAAUAGAAAAUGCAAAAAAGAAAGUUGUUCGUAUUUCUUUGUUAAAUGUUAAUAAAUCGAUUUCAAUAAUUGCAAAUCAAGAAUUGAAUGCAGAUUCUACAAUAAAAUCUGAAAAUAAGCAUAUUAAAAAAGUAAUGAAAGAAAACAAUGUAAAUAAUAAGAAUUACAUAAAACAUAAAGUUUCUGAAACAGCACAGAGUAAUGAAGAGCAAUGUACAAAAUCAACAAAAUAUCUUUCAGCAAGUUCGAAAGAAUUGGUAAAUGAUCAUGAUAAAGCAAAUAAAGAUCAUAGCAAAUCUAAAAGAAAUGGAGAAUUGGAAAAAAAAAUAGAUGAUAAUACAGUAAAAUCCUCUAAUAUUACUGAUUUAAUAAUGAAAGGUCGUAUGUUUAUGAUUCAACAGGAUCAAGACAUUGUAUCAGUUGUAGAACAAAAAACAAAAUCAGAUAUAGAUGAAGUUUUAGAAAAUUCAGAAAAAUUCGAAACUAAAGAGGGAGAAAAAUGUUUAUUAAAUUCUAGUUUGUUGAAAUUGGAAAAUUUGAUAACAAUGAUUGAAGUGCCAAAAGAAAGUAUUAAAAGUAAUAAUGAGAGUAAAAUUACAAUAAAUAAUAAUUUAUCCUCAAAUUCAAUAUUUAUAACAAAAGAUUCUAUUAAUGAUCAGCAUAUAGAAAUACCAAUAAACGUGAUGGAUUCGUCCACAAUUAUUAAUUCACAAAAUAUUGCUACAUCAAGCAAGUCGUUUAUUCAUAAUGAAGAACAUGAAUCAAAUAUGAAAAAUAUUGUUAUAUGUGAUGCAACAACAAAAUGUAAAGAAAAUGUAUUAGAAAAUAUUGAAGGUGAAAAAAAUAUUACUUCGGAGAUGCAAUAUUGGAAUAGCGAGUCUACAAAUCUUUUUGAAGAAACAUCAAAUUCUUGUAAAAGACUUGAUAUAAAAGAUCAUUUAAUAACAAAUGUUGAACAUGAUUUAACUGUUUCUGAAGAUCAUAUAAAUAGUAACAAAUCUAAAAGUGUAGAAGCUACUAAUAAUUGCAAUAUUACUUCGAACAAUGUUUCAAAUGUUCCAAGAAUAAUAUCAAGUCAAAUUAUAACAAUAGAUGAAAUGCCAUUAGCGUUACAAAAUAUUGUUAAAGAAAAAUUAUCGAAACGUAAUACAUCUACAAAUCAUAAAUCAAAUUUGGACUAUAGUUCAUCACAUAUUACAAGAUUAACUUCAUCUAAUAAGUCAGCAGUAUUAGAUGUAACGAGUAAAGUAGAAUUUUUGGAAACAGAAUCUUUGUCUAAUGUGAAAAAAUGUUUGACUCCAUCAUCUGAUAAUACCGUGACAAAAUAUAAUAAUGCAUCACUUAUAUGUUCAAAUGUUGAAGACACAAAAGAAACAGAAAUAUCACGUAAAAAAAGAAAAAAAUCAAAUGAUUAUGAUGCAAAGAAUCAAUCUACUGAAACGGAAAAUAAUAAAACAAUACUAUCUACUCAAUGCAAAAUAUAUUAUCCAAAAAACAAAAGAAGACAUAGAAAAAGAAAAAAACAAGAUUAUAAAUAUAAUACAAAGAUGAAAGUAAAAAUGAUGAAAAUGUCAACUCAUACGUCUGACGCAGUUAAAACAAAAAAUUCUACUUUACCAAACAAAUUACAAGACAUUACAGAAGAAUUUUAUCAGGAUUUAAUGCAACAUGGUAAACAUAGUAAUAAUACUUUUGAUCAAAAAGCUUUGAGGCAUACAAGAUCAUUAUAUUUACAAACAGAUAUAAAAAAUGAGGAUAAACGCAUAGAGAUGUUAAAGUUUAUAGAAGAUAUUACAAGAGGUGUCAAAGUUGUUGUAAAGCGUAUGAGUAUAAAAAAAUAUUAUCAGUAUUUUAGGAAAUAAUUCCUCAUUAAUCUACAUAAAUUAAUAAAUUGUAUUAUAUGAUAAAACGUCUAAAUAAUUGCUUAAAUAAUAUCUAUAUUAAUUGUAUUAGAGACUGCUUUCUCUUAUAUAAUAUUAAUAAUAAAUUAUAUUCUAUACAAAUAUACAUUCUGUAUUGUAACGCUUCUUAUUUAAUCAUAGUUACAAGAAAUAAGUGAUGACCAAAUUACAUAUGAAACAGUUUAUUUAUUUCACAAAACUUCUCCUUUUCAAUUUGUUCUACAACCAUUUUUAGAUUAUCAAUUUUACUUAACAUUUUUUUUAACUGCAUACCUUGAUGUUUGUAUGGCACAUUUUGUUUCUUAGACGCAAUAUUUAAAAGUGCAUUUUGCUCUUCUGUUAGAGGCUGUACAUCAUGACAAACUUUUAUAUUUGGUAUAACUUUCACCUUCUGUAAUGUGCAUCAUAUAAAAUAAAUAAAUUUAUAACAAUAAUUAUAUUAAAAAGAACAUAAAUAUAGAACAUGUUAAUUUUAAAAGUAAUCAUUACCUGUAUAUCAGUGGUUAAUCUAAUACAUUUUUCUAAUUCUUCAGCACAUAAUAAUGGAUAGCGUUCUCGAGCAUCACAAACUUCAAACAGUGCAUCUUCACAUUUUUCUUCUAAGUCAUCUGAAAAUGUCUAAGUAAAAAUAUUCUAUCAUAUUGAAAAGCGUUAUGUAUUUAAAUGUAUUUACUCAUUGUUAUUAAUUUUAUUUCGUCUAUGCAAUUCAGAAAAUAAUAUUAUAGUACAUUGAUUUAUUUGAAUAAAAAAAUAAAAAUAUAAAUAUAAAGCGUUCAAUAUGUACGAUUUCAAAUGUCAUUAAACAUAUAUUCAAGAAGAAUUAUACAAUUUAUAGAAGAAAUGUUGCCAACUGUAUAAUUCAAAAGAUAACGACAUAUUAUAACAAUAUUAUUUUUGAAAUACAAUUGCUAUUAAAAAAAAAAAAGGAAAUAUAUGGAUAAAAAAUUAUAUAUUAUAAUAUUUGAAAAUAUUCGUAUGGAAUGAAACAAAUAUUUUUACAAUAAUAAUUAAAUAAAUUAUCCUGAAGGAUAAAGAAUCGUUUAUAUGUAUCGCGGCUCAUUUUAAAUGUUUUAUCUGAUGAAAUAUUCAAAGGAAGCAAUAGUUACAAAUUUGUUUUAACAGGUGUAUCAUUAAACGGAAAUCAAUUUUGUUAAUACUUCCGUCUAUGUGGCAGGUUCUGUAUUACUUCCAAGUGAAUUGCAUACUUUCAUGUGAGCUUAAAUGUCGUAUCGCCAUUAGUGUACGGGAUGCCGUUAUCUUGAACGAUUGAAGAAACAGUUAACUAAAUUAUUCUUUCUUUUUCCUUAUUUCAUUGGUAUACAAAGAGUAUACGAACGAAUGUUCUUUCGUGUUUUCACAAAAUAUAUUUGUGGCAAUCGUAACUUUAUAAAACCCCUUUUAAUUUUUUAUUUCCUAUCGUUAUCAUUUGUGUAAUGGGGUAUCUUAAAUCCAUAGGUACUGCUUUUAUUUACACAGCUCUUUUAUUAGCUGUGAUUACAUUUUUACCAGGACUUCCUCCAGAUGCUAA